AUGCACGGUUCAAUCAGCUUGAGAGAUGACCGCAAAGGAGAGGUCGAAUAUUGUAGUUGGGUUGUUGUUGGGGACGUUGCUAGUGACGACAUUCGUGGAGUCGUCGACGGGGAUAAUGAAGGGGAAAGGACGGGGCUGACGGCGAUGGCGGUGGGGGUGCUAUUUCCUGGCGCUGAUACAGGCUUAGGCAGUGGUGCUAGUGCUGGUGGUGGUGGUGGUGGUGAUGAGAGUCGCGGCGAAGGUGGACUAGGUUGGGGCCCACAGGUAGACAUAGAGUGGGGGUGGGUGGUUGCGUCUCCUGACACUAGAGACCGACGCCACAACAGCCGGCCCGCCAGUUCACAGAGUCCACCAACGGCCACCAAGACCAACGUCGGCUAUGGACUACUGUCGUCGCCGCCAUCAACAUUUUUCCUCCAUCUAUCUGCAGUCCACAACCACCAGCGCCUCCUCUGCCUUCCCCCGCAACCACCUUUAACAUUGAUUUUCUCCGCCCAAAUUUGCCACAUAACACGCACACGGAUGGACACACAAGGUGUGGGGCCCAUCGCGAAUGGUCACGGUGCAGGCACAGUGAGCCUUCUCGUGUUCUUCGCCGGCGUUGAGCAGAGGAAGGAGCCGGUUGUGGUGCUGCGUAGAAAGAAAAGCCAGGGGUGGUUUGGUUGGCAGCGGCGGCGACAGUAG